AAGUUUGCAAUCCUGCAGCCGAUUAAUGCAGUAAAACAGAAAAUGUUUUGUUUUUAUCCAUGUUUUGAGUAGAAAUCAAACAUGUUUCUGUUGACUUUACUUUUUUUCAUCCAAAAGUUUGGUGAAAGCAGCCAAAAUGUUGUCAAACCAAACAUUGUUAUGGUGAUGAGUGAUGCAUUUGAUGGUCGGUUAUCCUUUGAUCCAGGCAGCAAAGUUGUGCAGCUCCCAUAUAUAAAUUACCUCAGGGAGCUGGGCUCCACUUUCCUUAAUGCUUACACAAACUCACCCAUCUGCUGCCCCUCUAGAGCAGCAAUGUGGAGCGGUCAGUUUGUUCACCUCACUCAGUCAUGGAACAACUAUAAGUGCUUAGAUGCAAAUUCAACAACAUGGAUGGAUGUGCUGCAGAGGAGCGGAUAUCGUACAAAGAUGCUGGGAAAGCUGGAUUACACCUCAGGGAGCCACUCAGUCAGUAACCGUGUCGAAGCGUGGACAAGAGAUGUUCAGUUCCUCCUUCGUCAGGAAGGCCGGCCUGUUUCUCAACUUGUCGGCAACAUGUCAACAGUAAGGAUCAUGGAAAAAGACUGGGACAACACAGAUAAAGCUGCUCAGUGGAUCCACCAAACAGCUGCACGUUUGAAUGAGCCUUUUGCUCUUUAUCUUGGCCUCAAUCUGCCUCAUCCGUAUAAUACUGAAUCUCUGGGGCCUACAGCUGGAGGAUCCACCUUCCGCAGCUCCCCAUACUGGCUCUCAAAGGUGUCGUCUGAGCUUGUCUCUGUUCCUAAAUGGUUGCCUAUGGCAGCCAUGCAUCCUGUUGACUUCUACUCCACCUACACCAAAAACUGCAGCAGCGAAUUCACUGAGGAAGAAGUUAAAAGCAUUCGGACUUUCUACUAUGCCAUGUGUGCGGAAGCAGACGCCAUGCUGGGUCAGGUGAUUUCAGCUCUGAGGGAGACUGGCCUGCUGGACAACACUGUUGUGAUCUUUACAGCCGACCAUGGAGAGCUAGCCAUGGAGCACCGGCAGUUCUAUAAGAUGUCAAUGUUUGAAGGCAGUUCUCACGUCCCCCUGCUUGUUACGGGGCCAGGGGUGAAGUCUGGGCUGCAGGUCCACCAGCCCGUGUCCUUGGUUGAUCUUUAUCCCACUGUGCUUGAAAUUGCUGGCAUUCCAGCUGUUGGUUAUUUAAGUGGAAACUCAAUCCUGCCUUUUAUAUACAAAGCAAGACAUUUUUCCAAGAACGAUCACCCAGAGUGGGUACUGAGUGAAUAUCAUGGCUGCAAUGCCAAUGCCUCUACAUAUAUGCUCAGGGUUGGCCAUUGGAAAUAUAUUGCCUAUGCAGAUGGGCGCAGUGUGCCCCCACAACUUUUCAAUGUUACGCUGGACAAGGAUGAACUGCACAACGUGGUUCUCAAAUUCCCAGACGUCCGGCUUCAACUCGACAAGCUACUGCGCAGCAUUGUGGAUUAUCCUAAAGUCUCUGCGGCCGUCCAACUUUACAAUAAGAGAGAGUUUACUGUGUGGCGGGAGAGCUUAGGGAGGAACUAUACUGAGGUCAUUGCUAACCUCAGGUGGCAUGUGGACUGGCAGAAGGACAUCCCAGCCAAUCAAAGAGCCAUCGAUACAUGGCUGCAGAAGACUGAAUGGCUAAAGUCGUAGUUAUUUAUUUUUAAUCUUUUUAAAUGGAAUACUUUGAAAUUCCAAAUUUCAAGUCAAGAAUGUUUUUGAAGAAUUUGAGUUGGAAAUGUCUGCCAAUAUUUGGCCAAAAUGUUUAAAGAUUAUACACCAUACACUGGAAAAACAAUCUAGAAAUAAGUACCGGUAACAUUUUCUUAAAUGAAGUGUAUUUACCCCUAAUUUGAGUAGGUAAAUGAUAUAGUUU